AAAAGUAAAACAGUCGUAUCCCCCGAAGUUUCCGUUGCCACCAUUUAUUUCUCUCGCUCUCUCGCUCUCUCUCUCUCUCUCUCUCUCUCUCGCUGCAAAAGAAAAAGAGAGAGGGAGAGGAAGAGAGACAGAGAGUUAGGCUAAGAUUUGCAGGGAAUUGUUGGCCGAUCAUCGGAAAUCGAUUUUCUGCAAAUUCUAGAAGCCAGCUCUAAUUUUCUGCACAGACAUGGCGACGGAAGAACACGGAAAUUCCCCGACGACGGCUCUGAAGGACAUGGACUCCGGCGACGAAAUGCAGGACAGAGUGUUCGCAAAGCGAGGGUGCUGCUUCUGGAUCCCUUGUCUCUGCUCCGACCGGGCCGGUGUCGCAGGCCCCGACUGGUGGGAGAGGAUCCGGACGGCGGAGAAGGAGGAGACGUGGUGGAUCAGAGGAUGGAACGCGAUUUUGAAAGUCAGGGAGUGGUCGGAGAUCGUCGCAGGUCCGAAGUGGAAGACCUUCAUCCGCCGGUUCAACAAGAAGAACCGGAGCGGUUAUAGGCAGGGGAAAUUCCAGUACGAUCCCUUGAGUUACUCCCUCAAUUUCGACGAGGGGCCCGGGCAGAACGGUAUUUUGGAUGAGGACGUGGGGCGCCGUGAUUUUUCGUCGAGGUAUGCGUCGAUCCCGGCGUCGGCGAAGACGUCCAUGGAUUUCGGCAAGGACGGGCCGACCUUCACGUGAUGGGCACAUGGUAGGAUAGAGAAAUCGGACCAUGAAGCAUUGUGCCAUGGUUUUGUUGAACGAAAGGUGCGGCGUGCAGGCGCCGGUAGCGAAGUGCGGCGGCGAGUCCUGGGGGAUGGUUCGCCGUCGAUGAAGGUUGAUUGUUGACUUUGUUUGAAAGCGAUAAUUGGCUGAUACGCGCGUGCCCUUCUUUAAAAGAAAUUUGUUAAGAAUUAAUUUUUAUCAUAGGGAGUGUUUGUCGAUCGUUGUACAUGUGGGUGUUCAUGUUGUUAAUGGAAAUGUGAACAGUAACAUUUCUGGUUC